ACCCCAUUGGUUGUACAGGAUUUUUGAGAAUGGCUAUCUGUCUUGUGUGUUCGUUGCGUAUGAUGCCAUGUUCGAGGACCAGUGAUGGAAUACUGUGUGCUUCCAUGAUAUGACUUACCACCACUGCCGGUUGUUUUCGUCUAUCUCGACUCCCUGCGUUGCUGUCCUCUUUAACUGGAUGAUACGGCUCCGCAGAAAGCGACAGAUCUCUAGACACUGCGUCGCGGAGAGGAUCAGUAUGAUGUAAGCGGUCUCGGCAGGUGCGUCAUUGGAUAUCAGCGGAGGGGGGGGGAGCAGGGCGUUGGUGUUUUCCCCUACUAUUCAGAUCAUGACCUCCGCGUAUUCCUGGCCAAUGAAUUUCAUAAGCCUCAUGUUUGGUAACACAUGUUCCGGCAAAAUGCGCCCCCCAGCAUGGGUGUGUCUCUCCGGUCGAGGAGCCGCUGAGUAUUGAUGCGGUUCGAGACUGGUGGUUUCUCCCGAUAAAUUGGAAAAAUACGCUAACCCCGAACACUCCUUGUAUGCAGCAGCAUGGCCAAAGAGCGCGAUGAAGCCUGGCCCCCUUGUUUAAAACAGAGGCUCACCUUCACCAGGGUUACCGCGUUACAGCAGAGCGAGUCGGACAUUGGAAGCCGGGAUUGCCUGCCGUUUCCACAGCCGCCGGUCUGCUCUUGCAGCUGAACAAAACACAGACGAGUUCUGUGAAGAAAACAUCUGCGUCGACCGCUCUCGUUUUUUCAGAGAAAUCUGGAGAACAGUUUUGAGGCCUAUGCCGCCAAUUGCGCCCCAUUGAUACUCGACCGAACUAUACCAGGCACACCUAGGUGGCGACCUGUGUUUGACGCUUCGUAGUCAAGGAAGUCGCAGUGAGGAGAAGGCACGUGAGGACGGGGCGGCAAGAGCGAGAGAAGAAGAGAGCGAAGCCUGCGAGGGCGGCGGCUGGAUGGUGAGUCGAGUGGCAGCGCUCGCGCCAAGCGAAGAGAGAGUUGUAGUGUUUUCACAGCUCCGAGACAGCUGGCUCGGACGCGCCCGGGCUGCAGCGACAGAGGAAAGGAACGAUGAGUUCGCCAGCCUGGCCAAGGGUGCAAUGAGAGACAUUACAGCAAUCAUCUUCUCUCGACAAACGAGACAGGGCGACCUUGAGGGGAAUCCCAGAUAUCGGCAGGAAGUUAAACUGAACCGUGGUGCCUGGGCGUGCUUGAAGUACGCCCACCGGCGUCUCGGGGCUGCGGACGCUCGGCCCUGGGGCACCCAGUUGAGUGCACUCGCGAGGCGGGAGUCGGGUGAGGGCGAAUCUUGCUCCGUGUCCUUGAGUCAAAGUCGAGAUGUGUUCUCGAUUCGCGACAUGCAGCCUCUCGCGGCCUGCGCUGCAGCCAAGAAGAGCAGCGGCCAGUCGCGAUCUCCCCGUGGCCAACAAAGUGGUGGGUACACUCGCGCCUGGGACACUCUCGUCCCUCCUGCGACGACGAAAAGCUUUCCAACAGAGACGGACUGUGCCUCGCAGCAAGGGAGAGAACGAUCUCGCAAAGUCGAGAACAGCGGUCGCGUCGCUCUCGAAGCCGGCACUGGAGCACCGCACCGAGGAGAGACAGAUGCGGUGGGGCCGGCAGACAAGGACGAAGCUGUCCCUGGAAGAGACCGCGCUCUUGCCGAAGUGUCGCCGCUGCCCCGGAGACGUCCCGAGAGAACAGGCGCGACGAGGACACGGCGAGAGGAAAGGCUGUAUGCGCCAGGGGGCAGACUGGCGGAGGGCGAAGAGACAGGAGAGAGUAGCUUCGGGGACAGGCCGCUGCGUCUCGUCGACCUGGCGGAGUCGCCUCUUGCUGUGCCAACUCGUGACUCAAGUGGUGUCGGCGACUGUCUUGCCUACCACUCAAGUGAACAAGGCGACUUUCAAGGAGGAAGCGGUUCUCGCUGUCUUGCACGACGCGCGUGGGUGCACGAGAGGGGCGGCGGGGGGCGAGAUUGCAUGGAGGAAGAACCGACGCUCCUGUUGGAGGAGGACAACGAUUUCUUCUCCUUCUUCGGAGAGAACGACGUCAUUGCUUUCCAGGGUAAGACAGAGGCGCGGCCUCGCGAACAGGAGUUCGAAUCGGACUGGCCACCUUCUCCCCAGCCCCAGUCUGGCUCGACGCAACCCUGGGAAGGAGCGGGAGAUGCGGCGGAGAAAGGAUAG